AUGUUCCUCAAUGUUCCUCAAUGUUCCUCAAUUUCCUCACACACCUCAAUCCCGCUGUCGCCGUCCCUUAACCAUAGUAUACUCCGUACGCAGUUACCAGCAUCCAUACAGCCAUAUUUUCACUUUGACACGUCCUCACUGCCUCAACUUCUGACCACACUCCCCCUUCGGCCGAGUUCAAAGGGCUUUCGGUAUACCCUCCAAGAACAGCGCAAUUCAAAUCCACACAGCCAUUCUGCAAUUACGUUCGACCCAGACCUUUCAUGGAGAUUGGUCCGGAUAACUAUCGUCGGGGCUGCUAUCUGUUUAUUCCCACUCACCCACUGUCACGCUCUUCAGCAGGGACAACCAUGGUUUCGGGUCGGCGCCGGCGCCAUACGACAAGGUCGCUGUUUUCAGGGAUGCUACCCUGAUUCUCACCAGAUGUACCAUCCACCAUCGGCCGGCGCACAAGGUUGUUCGUAACGGCCCAUCCUCUGCUAUGGUACUCCGUACAAUGUACA